GUGGCGGAAGUAAGUCGUAUCGCUCGGGCCUCAUCCUUCCAAUGGCGACUGCAAACAGGCUGAAUAGAAAGCGGGAGCAACCGUGGAGGGGGUCAGAGCUGUGUAACCGAAAUUAAAUAAAUAUAUCAUAGUCUCUGUAGUUACAAAGUUAGCCUAAAAAAUUGUUUCGCCUCUCCAAAUCACGGCCGAUUCAAUGGCCAAAAAUCGGAACAUUUCGCUCCUUGAGUCGGAGCUCUAUUACUUGAUUUCUCGUUUCCUCACAACGGGUCCAUGUCGGAGAGCGGCUGAGGUUCUGGCGAGCGAACUCCAGGACUAUCAGCUCUUACCCGGGAGAUUGGACUGGCUGGGGAACGAGCACCCGAGAACAUAUGAAGAUGUGGUCGCAGCCAACAGACAUAUUGCACCAGACCAUUUGCUACAGAUAUGUAAGCAGAUUGGACCAAUUCUUGACAAAGAAGUGCCAUCAUGUGUCCCAGGUGUAUACUCUCUCCUGGGGUCUGGAAAGCAGUCAAUGCUUAGGACUGCAAAAGACUGCGACAGUGUGCGGUUUAAUGCUUCGUCAUAUGCAGCCCUUCACCGGGGCAGACCACCAGAGAGGCCUUACAGCUGCAAGAAACCUCCACACCUAGUGAAGGUCCAUCGAGGGAGAGAGCUUACGGGAGCGCAGCGCUUCAGCUCCAUCAAUCCUGUCAGCAACUAUGAGCACAUGCGGCUGCAUAGGCGGAUCCUAGGGCAUCUGUCUGCAGUGUAUUGUAUCGCAUUUGAUCGCACCGGUCUCAGGAUCUUCACAGGCUCAGAUGACUGUCUGGUGAAGAUUUGGUCUUCCUUUGAUGGAAGGCUUCAUUCGACAUUGCGAGGACACUCUGCAGAGAUCACAGACUUGGCGGUUAAUUAUGAGAACACACUAAUUGCUGCGGGAAGCUGUGACAAGACCAUCCGUGUGUGGUGCCUUCGUACUUGUGCCCCUGUGGCUGUGCUGCAGGGGCACAGUGGAUCCAUUACCUCCCUACAGUUCUCACCGUUUGCCAAGGGCUCAAAACGUUUCAUGCUGUCCACUGGAACCGAUGCCACUGUCUGCUUCUGGCAGUGGGACGUCAACAACUUCAACUUUAGUGAUCGGCCACACAAAUUUACUGAGCGGCCGAGACCAGGAGUUCAGACUGUGUGCUCCUCAUUCAGUCCAGGUGGGAUGUUCUUAGCAACAGGAAGUACUGAUGACGUCAUCCGAAUAUAUUACUUGGGAGGCGGAAGUCCAGAAAAGAUAUCGGAGCUCCAUGAGCACACGGACAAAGUUGAUAGCAUCCAAUUCUGCCACUCGGGUGAAAGGUUUGUGAGUGGAAGCCGAGAUGGAACGGCACGGAUCUGGAAGCUUCAUCUGCGUCAGCAGUGGAGGUCCAUCCUGCUCAACAUGUCUGCCACUCUUCCAGGUGUUGAACCAAUGAGUGAAGAGGAAAGCUACUUCAAACCCAAAGUCACCAUGGUAGCGUGGGAUCGCCAUGAUAUUACAGUCAUCACGGCUGUUAACAACCAUCUCCUCAAAGUGUGGAACUCCUACACAGGAGUGCUGCUACAUAUCCUUAAAGGCCAUGAGGCUGAGGUGUUUGUCCUGGAGCCACACCCUUUUGACCCCAGGAUCAUCCUGUCUGCUGGCCAUGAUGGGAACGUCUUCAUAUGGGAUCUGCUGCGAGGGACAAACACACAGCACUACUUCAACAUGAUUGAGGGCCAGGGUCAUGGAGCCGUUUUCGACUGCAAAUUCACCCCUGAUGGGCAUCGUUUUGCUUGCACAGACUCCCAUGGCCAUCUGCUCAUCUUUGGCUUCGGCAGUUCCAAGCCGUAUGAGAAGCUUCCAGAUCAGGUGUUCUUCCACACAGACUACCGACCGCUGAUCCGGGACACGAACGGCUUUGUGCUAGAUGAGCAGACACAGCAGGCACCCCAUCUCAUGCCCCCACCUUUCUUGGUGGAUGUGGAUGGAAACCCUCAUCCACCAAGAUACCAGCGUUUAGUCCCGGGCCGGGAGAACAUUGCUGCUGAACACCUGGUUCCUCAGCUGGGAUACGUAGCCACCAGUGAUGGCGAGGUUGUGGAGCAGGUGAUCAGCCAGCAGACUGCAGAGCACGAUGAAGUUGCGAUAAGGCGCAGCACCCUUUUGGACGAGGCCAUCCGAAAUCUCCAGCAACAACAAGACCGGCAGGGCCAGGUUGGGACAGAGUUGGUGGCGGGAGCAGGACUAGAAGGGCAAGCUGAAGCACAGGGCCUCUCCUUGGCACCAGCACCGAGCACGCCACGUAGAGUGUCUGUGAAUGAUCGAGCAGACGUGCAGUCACCCCCUAAUGUGGGUCUGCGCCGCAGUGGACAGGUGGAGGGUGUCCGGCAGAUGCACCAGAAUGCUCCUCGCAGCCAGAUGGCCACAGAGCGAGAUCUGCAGGCCUGGAGACGCAGGGUGGUGGUGCCGGAGGUGGCACUCAGCAGCUACAGGAACCAGGAACGCAUUCGAGCAGCCAGAGGAGAUGACGAGGUGCUUCAGUAUAAUGCAAAGAAGAGACGCAUUAUCUACAGCAGCUGUCGAGAUGAUUCAGACGAUGAUCCUCACACUGCGAAGCGAGCACAUGGCCGCAGUAACACGCUGGAAUUCUUUGACUUGUCAUGCGAAGAGGGAGAGGAGACGGCAAGUUCAGAGGACAAUGAAUUGGAUGGCAGUGAAAUGGAUUCCUCCAAUGAUGAGGAAGAGUGGAAGAGUGACAGCUCAAGCCACACGUCCAGCGAGUACUCCGACUGGACGGCAGAUGCUGGUAUCAACCUGAAGCCCUCCACCCCUUUGUCAUCACGGAAACGAGUGCAGCGCAGAAUCAGCAGCUCUGAAGAUGAGGAGGAAGAGAAUGAGGAGGAGGAGGAGAAGGAGAAGCAGCAGAGUGACGAGGAGGAAAAAUCUGUCAAAAGCAAAGAGAAAUCCAAGAAAGCAAAAUACAAGUCACCCAGGCGUCCAAAAGUCAGACCAUCCAUCAAUAGAGAAGUGUCCAAUGAGUUCAGACCUUCAACAUGGAUCACUGAUGUCAUUCACAGGAAGUCUCCUUUUGUUCCCCAAAUGGGCGACGAGGUGAUCUACUUCCGGCAGGGACACGAGGCCUAUGUGGAUGCAGUGAACCGAAGUGAACUGUACACCAUAAACUUGGACAAACAGCCAUGGAAGAAAAUGGAGCUACGGGACCAAGAGUUUGUGAAGAUCACUGGGAUCAAAUACGAAGUCUGCCCUCCAACCCUUUGCUGUCUGAAGCUGACUCUCAUUGACCACGGCACUGGCAAAAUAUCAGACAAGUCGUUUUCUGUCAAGUAUCACGACAUGCCAGAUGUGAUAGAUUUCCUCGUGUUGAGGCAAAGUUAUGACGAGGCGCUUCGUAGAAACUGGCAACCAAAUGACCGGUUUCGCUCGGUGAUAGACGAUGCCUGGUGGUUUGGUAUAAUCGUCUGUCAGGAGCCCUACCAGGCUGAAUACCCUGACAGUCUCUUCCAGUGCUUCAAAGUCAGAUGGGACAAUGGAGAAACUGAGAAACUGAGUCCUUGGGACGUCGAACCUAUUCCAGAUGAUGCUCAGCAGCCAGAGAUGGAAGGAGGUGGUAUCCCAGUGACUCCAGAUGAGACGAGCGAGCUGAUGUACAAGCCUCUGCCUGGGGAGUGGGGGGAGAGUAGCAGAGACGCCGAGUGUGAGCGCAUCGUCUCCGGCAUCGACCAGCUGAUCACCGUUGAAAUUGCAGCUCCCUUCUCUGGUCCUGUGGACUUAGUCCAGUAUCCCACUUACUGCACUGUAAUCGCAUAUCCCACUGACUUGGGCACCAUCAGCCUGCGACUCAGGAACAGAUUUUACAGGCACCUCUCGGCAUUAAUUUGGGAUGCCAGGUAUAUUGCACAUAACGCCCGCACUUUCAAUGAGCCGAGGAGCAAGAUUGCCCACUCUGCAAAGAUCAUCACAAAUGUCCUCCAGAAAUUUGUCAAUAAUCCCAGCUGCACAGAUAUCAUGGAGAUUUACAAUGCUGUUGAGGAAAUGGAUGAUGAUGAUGAGGAAGAGGAUACAGAAGCACCAGGAACAUCCUCUGGACACAGACUGCGUCAGCGCACUGCAGAGGUGGUGCCUGACAGAGACGCCUGGAAGGAACAGUGCAAGUAUCUGCUAAACUACAUCUUCGAGUGUGAGGACUCGGAACCGUUCAGGCAGCCCGUGAACCCUCAGAACUAUCCAGACUACCAUGACAUCAUUGAUACACCAAUGGACUUUGACACAGUAAAAAGGACCUUGUUUGAAGACCGCUAUGAAAACCCUGUAGAGCUUUGCAAAGACACCCGGCUAAUAUUUGCAAACGCUAAAGCCUACACACCCAAUAAACGCUCCAAGAUUUACAGUAUGACCUUGAGGAUGUCUGCCUUCUUCGAGGAGAAAAUCCGAACAAUCAUAUCCGAGUACAAAACUGCCAUUAAAAGCAGCGACAGGCUCCGCCGCAGUCAGAGAUUCCGCAAGAAAAUGCAGCAGCAGGAUCAGUCCAACGCCUCAUCAAGUCAAAAGAAAGCUGCUGUAAAAACUCAGGAAAAAGUGGAGUCGACUUCGGUGACCAAAUCUACCUCAGCCAAAGUGUCUGUUCCUGAGAGAGCCAGGAGGAGUCGAAGGAGCAGCUUAGGUCACAGCUCCUCGGACGAUGACUCCGGCUCCAAAGCUGCUUCAUCGACUCCAGAGUCUGACAGUGAGAGCGAGCUGAGUGAGUCGGAGGAGGAGAAACGUCCUGGAUUGUCAAGGCACCAUCAACUCAGACAGAAAGCAAGAGUUACUAGAAGCAACCGCGCCAAGCAGAGGAAAAAAGUUGCAGAGAGCGACAGUGAAGAAGAGGAGGAUAGUGAAGGUGAGGAUGGAGAGAUGUCCUCCCAGUCUUCACGUCGCCGCUACCCCAGCAGAAACAAGAACAGCCGAAGCACACGACUGACCAGAAACAGUGCCGGUGCAGACAGAAAGCGCACGGAGGGCAGAGCCGAGAUGAACGGUCACAGCGGCAGGUCGUCUCGCAGAGAGAGACGUCACCCCCGGGACUCCGACAGAGCAACAUCCCAGGGCUCUGACAGGGAAGAUGAGGUCACGGUUCGCAGGUCACUCAAGAGAAAGACAGCGAGGGCGGCUGUGAAUAAGAUGAAACUCAUUGAAGCAUCGGACGAGGACUUCGAGGAGCAGGACGAGGAUGAAAAGCCGAGAAGGAGCAGCAGCCGCCUUCGCCACACAGUCCGGAGCGGCAAGCGCACCGCGGUGAUCCAGAGCAGCUCAGAUUCUGACGACCAGCCAUCAAGACGGGCUUCUCGGACAACAAAGGAAUCGGCAUGCAAAUCCAAGGACGGGGAGGAUAGCAAAAGCAGUGAUGCUUCAUCCUCCUCCCAGAAUCUGCAGAAUGGAGACUCGAGGUCCAAAAAACGGAGGCCGUCAAGACAAGCUGCUAAGAAUAAGGGAAAUGAUACUUUGCCUCAUGUGAAUGGACACAGUGCAAAACAUCCCAAGUCUGACAGCAACUCCGAGCAGGAGGAAGCUGCAGAGGAGAGUUCUGAAGAAGCUGAAGUUUCUGUGUCUCAGAAACCCUCCAGAAGCACAGCAACCACUCAAGCCAGGAAAAAGAGGAUUACAAGUGAGGAGGAGGAGGAAGAAGAGGACGACAACGGCACUGAACGCAGGACCACGCGACACAACCUUCCCGUCAGCUCCGAUGAAGAGGAGAAAGUCAGUUCUCAGAAACACUCACACCAAAAUGGAAGAAAUGUGGAGGAUGCAAUCCACAAGGACUCUAAGAAAAAGUGUAAAGUUUCACCGUCAAAAAGCCAAGAUAAACAAAAAUCUGCCUCAACUAAUCAACUAGAUGGUGCUGAAUCAGAGGAACUCAGUGAUUCUCCAAAGAGAUCCAGCCCGCGCAAGAAAAGACUGAAAAAAUAUGAAGAACGCAAAGUAGAAAGCAAUCACUCCAGUGAGGAGUCGGAGGCUGAAAGCAAGUCAAAGAGGCCGACAAGAAACAAGACGAAAUCGAAACGGCCUCGUGGCGUCACCUCCGCUUCAGAGAGUUCUGAGCAGGCCUACAAACCCAAGAAGAAGACGAGGAGGAAAUGUUCCACCGGCUCAUCAGACGAAGGGUCGAAUAAUUCCGACAAUGCAUCAAAUAGACGGCGGAAUCUUCGAGCCCUCCCGAAAAAGAAUUAUAUCAGCGACAACUCUCUCUCUGAAGAAGACUGUGCUUCUGCAAGCCAGCGUAAACAGGGAAACGGUAACAAAACAGCCACCGCAUCGAGGGAAGACAGGUAUAACAUGAGGGAGUCGAACAGAACCUCACCUAAUGAAGCCAGGAAUCCGCUGUCUUCCACCAGAAAACGCAUUUACACCUCAGACUCUGAAGAUGAGGCGGGGGAUGGAAAGAAGAAGGAGCCGGUGUCCAAGAACAAUAAAAACAGCAAGUCGGGCACCUCAAAGCGUCCCAAAAAGAAAUCGAAACAAAAGGAUAGUGACCGCGACAAGGAAGACGCCUCGUCCCGGUCCGAUUCCAGCGAGGAGGCCCAGCAGCAAGGCGUUGAUCCUUCAAGGAGUAGGAAGAAUGCGAGGAGGCCAAAACACAAACGGAAGGAAAGCUUCAGCAGCACCAAUCGCAGUUCAGACUCUGAAAGCCAGCAUUUGUCUUCAGCCUCUGAAAACUCGUUUGCCAGCGGUCCAAAGAGGAGGAGUCCCAGGCGGUCUGGAGUUGGUGAAAGGACGGCGAGCCGCCAGCUACAGCAACGCCGGCAACGCUCCGCUUCGGAGGAGGAGGAGGAGGACGACGACGACGAGGAAGAGGAGGAGUACAGCAUCAAAUCGCAGAAAAUGCGCGUGAACACUCGUAACCAGGGGAAGCGGACAGUAAGUUAUCACGACAGCGAGUAAAGGACGUAGCGGCAGGAACUGUGGAGGAGAGUCGGACAUUAACUGGAGACCUUUAAAGACACUUGACGGCCACAUUAUGGUAGUAGCACUGGAGUCCUCGAGAGAAAAUGCUGUGAAUCUGUUUCAUUCAGGGAUAUUUAUAUUUUCUAUGAAAAACAUGUUUAUAGAUGUAAUACAAAUUCAAGCAUUUGAAAAGCUGGUUUUCACAAGGAUACAGAGCAAAACACCACCUCCCAUACUGCUUAUUGUGAUCGGGCCCGCAGAGUAAACCAUUCUGGGGAAUCUCGUCAGCUUGGGUGCUAUCUAAUAUACCUCUGUUAAAUGGCUUGCACUAAGAUACACUGUAAUGAGGUAUUUAAUACACUAGUUUUGCAUUAGAAACUCAGGGGUCAAAUAAGUUUACUGUAGUCUCAGACAUGCAGUUGUUUUUUUGAGCUAAAAUAAGGACGAGAAACAAUUCCAGGUUGGCAGAUGGCCAAGCACACUCACUGGGACAAAACAAAUUCAUGUUUAGACUUUGACUACAGCACUCCUUUGUAAAUCCACACACUUAAUGCUUAACUGUAUUAUUGAGUUGAUAUGAGCCAAAUGAACGAAUAUGUAUUCUUUCCCCCCCUCCCAUACCAUUUCUUUUUUUUUCUUCUAUUAAUUAGUUUUGUGUUGUUUUCUAGUGAAUAGAUGUAAAUAGUUGAUUGAAAAUGACAUUGUCUGAAAGGUUUGUUGAUCAGUCGGUAUCAAAACGUUUAUUUAAAUUUGAGCUUUAUUUCUUUCUCUUUUUUUUUUUUUUUUUUUUACAUUUAACUACAUUGUCUUGCCAGAUGUCACAAAUUGGUACCUUUUUGCCAAGUACAUGGAAACAAAAGUACUUAUUGCAAAAAAAAAACUGUGAUUUCUCAUAUUGGGAAGACCUUUUUAUUCUGUGUUAUCUACUUUCAGUAUUAAAUUGAUUUUCAGAGAUGACUUAAAACAUUUAGCCAGUCACAUGGUUUAGUUUUGUGUAUGGGGAGGUUUCUAAAUACAGUCGCUUUGACAUUUUGCUUAAUGUUUUUCAUACUACACCUUUAAUAAAUCGGUUUCACAGGAAAACUGUUAAUGCAAUGUGGUUGUGGAGUGCAAUGAAUGAGUUAUUCCUCAUAUUAAUAAAGACAUCAUUUCAAGGUG